AUGAUCGGACCCCGGCCGAAGGGAGGGAGCAGCACCCGGAUGACCCUCCGCUCCCUGCUAUGGCUCUUUUUGUUCCUCAAGAAUGCAGCAUCUUUCCAAGUUACUGUCCGAGAUGACAACUGCAUUGUAGUGUCGUUGGAGGAGUCUGAUGUAGUGAGCUCGUCCUUUGUGUACGUUGUGAAGAUAACUGGUGAAUCCAAGAACUACUUUUUCCAGUUUGAAGAAUUCAACAGCACUUUACCUUCCCCUGUGGUUUUUAAUGCCAGUUAUCAUGGCCUUUAUUACAUAGUGACUCUGAUGGUGGUGAAUUCCAACAUGGUUUCCAAACCAGUGAGGUCGAUCACUGUGUUAACCAAACCUCUUCCCAUAAGCAGCGUUUCUAUCUAUGACUACAAACCAUCUCCAGAAACGGGAGUGUUGUUUGAAAUUCAGUAUCCAGAGAAGUACAAUGUUUUCACCAGAGUAAACAUAAGCUAUUGGGAAGGCAAAGACUAUAGAACAAUGUUAUACAAAGAUUUCUUUAAAGGUAAAACAGUUUUCAAUCACUGGCUGCCAGGAAUAUGCUACAGCAACAUCACAUUUCAGUUGGUGUCAGAAGCAACAUUCAACAAAAGCACGCUAGUGGAAUAUAGCGGUGUCAGGCAUGAACCCAAACAGCACAGAACAGUUCCCUACCCUCCUCGAAAUAUUUCUGUCCAGAUUGUACAUAUGAACAAGAAUAACUGGGAGGAACACAGUGGGAAUUUCCCAGAAGAAUCAUUCAUGGGACCACAGGAUGUAAUAGGGCAAGAUAAACUUACCCAUUUUUCUAAUGACCCCACUGAAAUUCCCUCAGCAAACACCUCUUACGCAUGGCCUGAUUACCACUAUAACAGCACUGAUUACACAACUACAUCCCAACCAUACUGGUGGACUAAUGAAGCUGAUUCGUCAGAAAGUGAAGAUGAGUUUGUCAAUGUAGUUCCCAGUGAAUAUGAGAACACCAGUACAGCCAGCAUGUCAGGGAAACUUACACCAGAAACUCCAUCUUUCCUCCCUGUGCAAAUGGUGCUAAGCUGGUUGCCACCAAAACCACCCACGGCAUUUGAUGGAUUUCAUAUUAACAUUGAAAGAGAAGAGAACUCCACAGAAUUUUUGACGGUAGGUGAGGAUACUCACGAAUUUAUUGCUGAACUGAAAGAACCGGGGAAAUAUAAGUUAUCUGUGACAACCUUUAGUUCCUCUGGAUCUUGUGAAAUUCGGAGAAGUCAAUCAGCCAAAACGCUUAGUUUUUACAUAAGUCCGACAGGGGAAUGGAUUGAAGAACUGACAGAAAAGCCCCAGCACGUGAGUGUGACUGUGCUAAGUUCUACCACUGCCUUAAUGUCCUGGACGUCUUCACGAGACAGCAGCAGCAACAACACGAUAGUGUCUGUUGUGUCACUGACCUGCCAGAAGCAAAAGGAGAGUCAAAGACUUGAAAAGCAUUAUUGCACCGAGGUGAAUUCAAGCAACAGCAUCAUUGAAAAUCUUGUUCCCGGUGCCCAGUACCAGGUUGUGAUUUAUUUACGUAAAGGCCCAUUGGUUGGACCUCCUUCUGAUCCUGUUACAUUUGCCAUUGUACCCACUGGAAUAAAGGAUUUGAUGCUUUACCCUUUGGGACCUACAGCUGUGAUUCUCAGUUGGAACAGGCCUUACCUUGGGGUGUUCAGGAAAUAUAUUGUAGAAAUGUUUUACUUCAACCCAUCAACGAUGACCUCUGAGUGGACGACCUACUAUGAAAUUGCAGCUACUGUCUCCUUAACUGCAUCAGUGAAAAUAGCCAAUCUAUUGCCCGCUUGGUAUUACAACUUUCGGGUUACCAUGGUGACUUGGGGAGACCCAGAAUUGAGCUGCUGUGACAGUUCUACCAUCAGCUACAUAACAGCCCCAGUGUCACCAGAGAUCACCUCAGUAGAAUAUUUCAACAAUCUGCUGUAUGUCAGUUGGACAUAUGGAGAUGAUGGGACCAACCUGUCUCAUUCCAGGAUGCUGCACUGGAUGGUCAUUGCUGAAGGCAAGAAAAAAAUCAAAAAGAGCGUGACACGGAAUGUGAUGACUGCAGUUCUGAGCCUGCCUCCGGGAGACAUCUACAACCUUUCAGUGACUGCUUGUACUGAGAGAGGCAGCAACACCUCCACACCACAGAUUGUGAAACUGGCUGCAAGGCAGGGAAAGCAGUCCAUCAGGUUACCUAGAGAGCCAGGUGUACAGACUUCUGAAAAGGAACCUGUUACUGUUUCUUCACAUGUAGUGACUAUCUCCAGCCUACUGCCUGCCACGUCCUACAAUUGCAGCGUGACUACCUUCAGCCACAACAGCCCUAGCGUUCCCACCUUCAUAGCUGUCUCUACCAUGGUUACUGAGAUGAAUCCCAACAUAGUGGUGAUCUCUGUGUUAGCCAUCCUGAGCAUUCUCCUGAUUGGACUGUUGCUUGUGACUCUUGUUGUACUCAGGCGGAAACAUCUGCAAAUGGCCAGGGAGUGUGGGGCUGGAACCUUUGUCAAUUUUGCUUCAUUGGAGAGAGAUGGAAAACUUCCAUAUAACUGGCGUAGAAGUGUAUUUGCUUUCCUAACUCUGCUACCCUCAUGCCUCUGGACUGAUUAUCUUUUGGCAUUUUAUAUUAAUCCUUGGAGUAAAAAUGGAUUAAAGAAGAGGAAGCUGACCAACCCUGUGCAGUUGGAUGACUUCGAUGGCUACAUCAAGGAUAUGGCCAAAGAUUCAGAUUAUAAAUUUUCUCUGCAGUUUGAGGAGCUAAAACUGAUUGGGCUUGACAUACCCCAUUUUGCUGCUGACCUUCCCAUGAAUCGAUGUAAAAAUCGCUAUACAAAUAUCCUGCCAUAUGACUUUAGCCGUGUCAGAUUAAUUUCGAUGAAUGAAGAAGAAGGUUCAGACUACAUUAAUGCCAACUAUAUUCCUGGCUACAACUCACCACAGGAAUACAUUGCAACCCAGGGGCCAUUGCCAGAGACAAGGAAUGAUUUUUGGAAGAUGGUUCUCCAGCAAAAAUCACAAAUCAUUGUUAUGCUCACUCAGUGUAAUGAAAAAAGAAGGGUGAAAUGUGAUCAUUACUGGCCUUUUACAGAAGAGCCUAUUGCUUAUGGGGACAUCACAGUGGAGAUGCUUUCUGAGGAGGAGCAAACGGACUGGUCUUAUAGGAACUUCAGAAUCAGUUAUGCUGAUGAGGUGCAAGAUGUAAUGCAUUUUAACUACACUGCCUGGCCUGAUCAUGGUGUCCCCACUACAAAUGCUGCAGAGAGCAUCUUGCAGUUUGUACAGAUGGUCAGACAGCAGUCAACAAAGAGUAAAGGCCCCAUGGUCAUACACUGCAGUGCUGGCGUGGGACGGACAGGAACAUUUAUAGCAUUGGAUCGGCUCUUACAGCACAUUCGUGAUCAUGAGUUUGUAGAUAUAUUAGGGCUGGUGUCUGACAUGCGGUCUUAUAGGAUGUCCAUGGUACAGACAGAGGAACAAUACAUUUUUAUUCACCAGUGUGUGCAAUUGAUGUGGCUAAAGAAGAAACAGCAAUUCUGCAUCAGUGAUGUCAUAUAUGAGAAUGUCAGCAAGUCCUAGUUCAGAAUCACAGGUGAUGAGACCAUGAAGUACACCCAUCUUCCCUUGCUUCAGAUUUUUUUUUAUUGUUUUGUUUGUUUGAACUGCUAGCUGUUUUGCCAU